AUGAAGCGCGUGCUGGAGAACGGCGCCGACCGGGAGGAGGCGGAGGUCCGCGUGCCGCGCGUCAGCGCCAGGGCAGGCGCCGGCCCAAGGGGCGGCUACAGGGGCGGCAGGCCCGACGAUGGGGCGCGGGGGCAAAGGGACGUGCACAACGUGGAGAUGAAGGCGGAGAUCUUUGCCAAGAAGAGCAUGGCCGGGGCUGUGAUCGGCCGGGGCGGGGACAGGGUGCAGUCGAUCCGCAGGAACACGGGGUGCCAGGUGCACAUCCGGAAGGGCAGAUCGGAUGAGGCUGAGCAUGUGGUGGAGUUGAAAGGGAAGAAGUCACAGAUCGAGGCAGCUCUGGUGGAAGUCCAGAAUGUGUUUGCAGAGGUGGACCCUGAGUAUGCACGGGAACACCCCGGCAUCUCUGUGGCCAGCGUGCAACUCAAGACGCUGCCUGAAAUGGUGGGCUGCCUGAUUGGGCGCAAAGGCGACAGGGUGCGCAGCAUCCAGGAGUCUUCUGGUGCCACCGUGAAAGUGCACAAACUGGUGGAGGGAGAGAAGAUGCAGGACGUGUUUAUUUAUGGCACGCUUGAUGAGGUAGACAAGGCCCAGGAGUUGGUGACUGCCGCCCUUCUGAGUUACGACCCCGACAGGUCCAGGAACCGCCGUUUGGAGCCUGUACAGCGGAACACUGUGAUGCCAGAGCCCUUGUCUGGGGGGCGGGUGAUGCAGCAGAGCACGGUUCUCGGUGGCCAGACCAUGCUUCCCGGCUUGGCCCAGACAGCGGUGGUGGCGCCCGCACCCGCGCAGCCACAGAUGAUCUUGCAGCAGACUCCAGGGGCCCUUGCACAGCAGUCCACCAUGCUGCUGCUGCAGGCGGACGGCACCCUGAUGCCGAUCAAGGUCCUCAACCAGGGCAUGCCCACGGCGGCCACAACGGCCACGCUGCCUGGCCAGACGGCGACGAUUACGCCCCAGCUGAUCGGCCAGGGGGGCACCACCCUGCUAACCCAGGCGCCCUUUGGCGGGCUGGCGACCAGCCCAAGCCCUGCGCAGACGAUCGUGCCUAUGGGCACCAUGGGCGGAGCCGCGGGGCUGGGCAUGGGACUCGCUGGCGGGGGCCCGGUGGACUUGGUUGGACAGACUGUCAACCAGACUGGGAGUGGCAGAAAGAUUCCAAUGACACAGGGCCGCCUGUGA